AUGAAGCUCCUCAACACUCGCACCCUGCAGCUCGAGUCUUUCUUUAACCUUGACGACAAAUUCCCCCCCUAUUCCAUCCUGUCGCAUACGUGGGAAGAUGACGAGGUGCUCUUCUCCGACAUGGCCGAUCUUGCUAAAGCUCGACAAAGGGCCGGAUUUGCCAAGGUCGAGGCGGCUUGCGCGCUUGCCGCUAGCCAACAUCUUGACUACAUUUGGAUCGACACGUGCUGCAUCGACAAGUCCAGCAGCGCCGAGCUUACCGAGGCCAUCAAUUCCAUGUACCAGUGGUACCAGUUCGCCCGAACCUGCUACGCCUACCUCUGCGACGUCGACGACGCGAGGUGGUUCACCAGGGGGUGGACGCUACAGGAGCUGAUCGCUCCCCACCAUGUCGAGUUCUACUCUAGCAAGUGGCAGCUUCUAGGGGAAAAGAAGGACGAGGCCCUCGUGGCCUUGAUAUGUCGAGCCAGCAACGUUGACGAAAUGGUUCUAGUACACAAACUCCCGCUAAGCUCGGUCAGCGUGGUAAGAAAGAUGUUCUGGGCCUCGGGACGGACGACAAGCCGAGUUGAGGACGAAGCUUACUGCUUGAUGGGACUCUUUGACAUCAACAUGCCCCUGAUAUACGGCGAAGGAUCUCGGGCAUUCCGGCGUCUACAAGAAGAGAUCAUUAAAAUAUCCGACGAACAGUCCAUCCUGGCAUGGUAUUGGCUGGGCGAACCGUCCAGGUCCCUCUCAUGGCCCACGUUGAUGUUUCACGACAUUCUUGCCCCGUCGCCCCGUCAUUUCGCCCUAUCAGGAUGCAUUUCUAUGCAUGCCUACUCCCGGCCCUUUCUCCCGACCUGGAGGAAAACGACUUCUCUCACCAAGGAGGGAUUGAGGCUUACAGUCAUGGUUCGGCAAGACUCUGGGGAUUCUGUUCGCCAACUCACUGGAGAAAAAAGUGUCGUGGCUGUUCUGGCUUGCCAAGUUGGGCCUAUCCCCGGAACGUAUCCUACGCUAAUUCUUACCGAGCGUGGGAAAUCAGCCACCGGCAGGCCAUUGUAUUAUCGGGUCUUGAACGGAGCAAAAAUGUCGACAUUUUCCCCCGGGGCAAUUGCUUUGUUUCCGAGGAACAAAACUCGAAAUGCGGGGGCAUCCCCAGAUACUGCUCAAGGUCCUGUUACUUCGGAUUUUUUGACUCCACUCUAUGGUGUGUUAUUCCUACCCUACACACAAUCCUCUUACCAUGAAGGCUAA